AGACAGACAGGGCAGCGGUGCUCGCAGCCCAGCAGCAGCGCGGGGCCUCGGCGCGCGGGGCACUUCCCCGGGUCCGUCAUGGCCGCGGAGGCAGCGCGCUGGAACAGCCUCGCCUGAGCUCCGAGGGUCGUCGCCCGCAGGGAGUUACGAUUAGACUUCUGUUAGACUUCCUUACUCUAUCACCCACAUCUUUUAAGAUCGUUCCUGCCUGAUUCAUAAACAUCGUGAUUGGCUUUUGUAAGCUGGAUUGCCCUCACGUCGUCUGAUGUGGCUUCUGCCUCGUGUCACAUCUGAAACUCAUCUGUACCUCACUUAGUCGACAGAAACCUAAUGGGACCUUUGAAGAAUUCCAAACAGGUAUUUGCAUAGGAAUCAGAGGAGUUAAUCCUGUUUGAAUCGUCAGACAAACUUCUGGGAGGACUCGGUACCUGCCUCACUGCUGCUGUUUCCUGUCACUCAGUAGCAAUCCGGGGACCCACGACAUGUCCCAGCUCUAGUGAUGCUCAUUACCUUUCUGCUCCUGAAUUGCACCUGUGCCUCAGACUUUCUUUCCCAAGCUUGAGACUGCAUAUAAACUGGGAUGUGUGAAAGCAGGAAACAAAGCUAGUGACAGCUGAGAGGCCCAUGUCUGGGUAGAACCAGGUCCACGAUGCUGCCUCUCCUGUGGUCGGGAGUUCAGCUGCAGGGGCUCUGCUGAUGUGCCAGCACCAUCCUUCUGUUUGUGCUUAAAUGGCACAGCGUUUGCUCAGCACAUCUGAAAAGAAAGUUGUGAGAAGCAAAGCCCAUGGCCACGUUCCCCUGCCAAUUAUGUGGCAAGACCUUCCUCACCCUGGAGAAGUUCACGAUUCACAAUUAUUCCCACUCCAGGGAGCGGCCGUACAAGUGUUUGCAGCCUGAUUGUGGCAAAGCCUUUGUUUCCAGAUAUAAAUUGAUGAGGCACAUGGCAACCCAUUCUCCUCAGAAGUCUCACCGGUGCGUUUACUGUGGGAAGACAUUCAACCGGAAAGACCACCUGAAAAACCACCUCCAGACCCACGACCCCAACAAAAUGGCCUAUGGGUGUGAUGAGUGUGGGAAGAAGUAUCACACCCUGCUGGGCUAUAAGAGGCACCUGGCCCUCCAUGCGGCCAGCAGUGGCGACCUCACCUGUGGGGUCUGUGCCCUGGAGCUAGGGAGCACCGAGGUGCUGCUGGAUCACCUCAAAUCCCAUGCAGAAGAGAAGCCCCCUAGUGGAACCAAGGAAAAGAAGCACCAAUGCGACCACUGCGAAAGAUGCUUCUACACCCGGAAGGAUGUGCGACGCCACUUGGUGGUCCACACAGGAUGCAAGGACUUCCUGUGCCAGUUCUGUGCCCAGAGAUUUGGGCGCAAGGAUCACCUCACCCGGCAUACCAAGAAGACCCACUCACAGGAGCUGAUGAAAGAGAGCCUGCAGAACGGAGAGCUUCUGAGCCCCUUCCAUACCAUCUCGCCUUCAUUCCAACUGAAGGCUGCUGCCUUGUCUCCUUUCUCUUUAGGAGCUUCUGCCCAGAACGGGUUUGCAAGUAGCUUGCCACCUGAGGUCCACAGCCUCACCUUUGGGCCCCCAGAACAAGCUGCCCAGCCUAUGCAGCCGCUGCCAGAGUCCCUGGCCUCCAUCCAUCCCUCUGUAGCCCCUGGCUCUCCUCCACCACCCCUUCCCAAUCACAAGUACAACACCACUUCUACCUCAUAUGCCCCACUUGCAAGCCUGCCCCUCAAGGCAGAUACUAAAGGUUUUUGCAAUAUCAGUUUGUUUGAGGACUUGCCUCUGCAAGAGCCUCAGUCACCUCAAAAGCUCAACCCAGGUUUUGAUCUGGCUAAGGGCAAUGCUGGUAAAGUAAGCCUGCCCAAGGAGCUGCCUGCAGAUGCUGUGAACCUAACAAUACCUGCCUCUCUGGACCUGUCCCCAUUGUUGAGCUUCUGGCAGCUGGCCCCUCCUGCUACCCAAAAUACCUUUGGGAAUAGCACUCUCCCCCUGGGGCCUGGGGAAUCUCUGCCCCACAGAUUAAGCUGUCUGGGGCAGCAGCAGCAGGAACCCCAAAUUGCUGUGGGCACUGUGAGCCUGGGUCAGCUCCCCCUGCCCCCUAUCCCCCAUGUGUUCUCAGCUGGCACUGGCUCUGCUAUCCUGCCUCAUUUCCAUCAUGCAUUCAGAUAACUGAUUUUAAAAGUGUAUUUUUCGUAUUCUGGAAGUUGUUUUGGGAAGCCUCUUAUAUGUCAGUUACAACAUGAGAAAGAUUUGGAAAACGGGACUGGGACUGUGGCUUAUUCAGUGAUGACUGGCUUGAGAUGAGAGAAUUCUCAAACUGCAUGUAUUGUGCCAAUCUGUCUUGAGUGUUCAUGCUUUGUACCAAAUUUAACGAAUGCGUGUUCUGUAAUCAAACUGCAAAUAUUGUCAUAACCAACAUCCAAAAUGACGGCUGCUAUAUAUAAGUGUUUGUCAUAUGGAAUUUAUCGUAAGCCAUGCUCAUCAUAAUGUUAACUAAAUAACUUUAUGUGGCACUGCCUAGUAAGGGAACUAUGGAAAGGUUUGGAUUUCUCCAAAUUGGGAGAAUUUUAAAAAUAAGAAAAUAACCUUUAUAUGGCAUAUUAUAACUAGGCUGUGUAUUUCUUUUCAGGGAUUUUUCUACCUUCAGGGUUGGAUGUAGUUUAGUUACUAUUAUCAUAGCCAACCUGUAGUUUUGCAUAUACAAUUUCUUGUGGAGCAAUAGAGUUCUCCAUUUUACAGAAGCAUUUUAAAUGUAGUCUGAAUAUUUUUCACAAGAUGCUGCAAUGUGAGUUAUCACUUCAUUUAUCUUAAAGACUAAACUGGUUGUCAGUUACAUCUGACAGAAAAAAAAAAAUCACUGUGUAACCAGGUUAAGUGGUAAAAUAAUCCAGGCGUCAGUCAAAGGAUUUUGCUGACUUUAAUAUUGAUUAUAUUUUUAACAGGAAUUUAAGAAAAUAUUACUGGAAUUAAAAAUAUAUAUAUAUUAAGAAUUUUCUUUGCUCUGUCUAGCUUAAACUACUACUCAAGCUGUGUAAGUUCUUAAGUAUUGUUUUUAAUCACCAAUAAAUAAGUGCUUUUGUAAUUCAUCAGUUUAAGUCAUUAUUAGCUUUUAUUCAAAGAAGAUUAUGUUUUACAAUGUAACUAUAAUCUCUUUAAUUUGCUAUCUUAUUAACGAGUUUUAAAGAUGUAACACCUAACCUUUUUUAAAGCUCCAUUGUCUUUUGUUUUUAGAGGCUUUCUUUUUCCAUAAACAUAUAUCUUGCAUUUAAUAAAGUUUUCAAAUCUUGCAA